CCGUGAGCUUCUCUGAUACUACUAAUACACCCCCUCUCUUCGCCAUUUUUCUGUUUCCCCUUCGUUUCCGACAGGCUAAGGUCUGCCUAAUGUUGCUCCGACACAAUAUCUCCCGGUUAUCAACACCGUCGAGCUGGAUCUCGCGGGUUUCACCAGCAACCAUGCCUCUCCGCGCCAAAGUGACAAACCCAGCUUUCAAAGCUGCCACAAUGUCGACUUCAACGAACCUUCCCAAAGAGUUGCCCGGCGAUGAGCCCGAUGAUGUUUUGUUCAACUCUUUGUACGGAGUGCGCUUGGUCGAGCUUAACCGCCCUAAGAAGCUCAAUUCCCUCAACGGUUCAAUGGCUCGGAAGAUCCUCCCUCGGCUGAAGGAGUGGGAAAAGUCCCAGCUGGCAAAUGUUGUCAUGGUUGCUGGCGCAGGCUCAAAGGCUCUCUGCGCUGGCGGAGACGUUGCUGCACUUGCUCUGCAGAAUGAACAAGGCCCCGAGGGACAGCAGAAAUCAACCGACUUCUUCGGUCUGGAAUACCAGCUCGAUCACACCAUCGCAACCUACUCUAAGCCCUUCAUCUCCGUCAUGGACGGUAUCACCAUGGGAGGUGGUGUCGGUCUCAGUGUUCACGCCCCCUUCCGUAUCGCAACUGAACGCACUGUCUUCGCCAUGCCCGAGACCACCAUCGGAUUCUUCCCGGAUGUUGGCGGCUCUUUCUUCCUGCCCCGUCUUGACGGCGAAAUCGGAACCUACCUCGCCCUCACUUCGGAGCGUCUGACCGGCGUCCAGGCUCUCUAUGCCGGUAUUGCCACACACUACUUCCACUCCAGCGUGCUGAGCAACCUCACCAACCGUCUGGCCGAGCUGGUCUUCCAGGAUCAGGCUACUGUCAAAGAACGUAUGGACUUGGUGAACAACACUAUGGCUGAAUUCUCCACCGGUCUCCCGUCGCUGGCGGAGGAGCCAAUGCUUCUUGCUGGUGGCCUGCGCAGCGCCAUUGACCGAUGCUUCAAGUACAACACCGUGGAAGAAAUCUUCCAGGCGCUGGAGAAGGAAACAGAGCAGAAGGAAUGGGCGCAAAAGACCCUGGAGACUCUAUCCAUUCGCUCCCCCACCUCGCUCAGGGUCACCCUGCGCCAGAUGCGUCUGGGUAAGAAGUGGUCCAUCUCCGAGACCUUCCAGCGUGAACAUCAUAUCGCCGGCAAGUUCAUGAAGCAUCCAGAUUUCGUUGAGGGUGUCAAGGCCCGUCUCAUGUCGAAGCCUCCCCGCCAGGCCUCCUGGCAGCCCGCUACCCUCCAGGAAGUCUCCCAGGCGGAUGUGGAUGCUUUCUUUGAGAUCCCCAAGGAGGAGUCUCGCCUGCCACUCCUCAGUGAGACCACUUACAGUGAAUAUCCUCACGCCCACUAUGGCCUUCCCACAGAGAACGACAUUGCCAAGUUUGUGCGCGAUAACACAGAGACCCAGCAGCAGACGGUCAACGACUUUGUUCAGAAAUGGGGCAACAAGGAGGGUGUCCGGGAGAAGGUUGCGGAGGUGUUGGCCAGACGGACUGUUCAGACUCCCGAGGGUCUGCGCUGGGAAUAGAUAACGGAAGAAAAGUAGUAAACGGCGAUUUUUCAAUUCCUCUGUACUUUUGAUUGUCAGGUUUUUACAAUGGGUAUAAUUUUAUUGAUAUGUAUUUCAUAAAUCUACAGGAGCUAGACGGUAC